AUGGAAGAGGAAUAUAUGGACACACAAGACUCUUCAGUGAAUGAUAUGAACAGAGGUGAUGGAAGUGAUAAUUUAGUGGAUAGCACCAAGGAUUUUGGUGAUGGUUUAGGGUACGGAGAUGAAGGUUAUGAAGAUGAUGAAGGCGGCAACGGUUUUAGAGGAGGUCGCGGCCGGGGCAAUUUCAGAAGCAGAGGCCGUGGACCCCCACCUGGCUGGAUGAAUGGACCUCCAAUGAGGUUUCGAGGACGCGGAUACGGCCCUGGAGGCCCACCUAUGAGAGGAAGAGGCUUCUUCCGCGGCCGUGGAGGCCCAAGAGGAUUUGGCCCUAACAAUGGCCCAAACUACGACAACAACUGGGGUCCAAUGGGACCCCCUCCACCUGGCAUGAUGGGUGGUCCUCCCCCUGGUAUGAUGGGUGGCCCACCACCGUUUGGGCCCCCACCGGGUAUGAUGCCGCCUGGUGGACCAAUGGGACCACCUCCAAAUAUGAUGGGACAGCCCCCACCGUUUGGUGGACCUCCGGGAAUGCCACCACCGAAUAUGCCUGCUCCAGAACUGUGGGUGGAAACAAAAUCAGAUGAUGGAAAGUAUUAUUACUACCAUUCUCGGACAAGGGAGACGACCUGGACGCGGCCACAAGAGACUCCAACGUGUAAAGUCAUUUCACAAGCUGAUGUGGAAGCUAUGGCUGUGGCUACUACCCAAAACCAAGUUCCUGGGCCUCAAAACGUGGGCAUGAACGGACCAAUGGGUGGCCCUAUGGGCAUGAUGUCUAAUGGGAUGAUGCCAACUGGCGUCAUGCCUCCAGGAGUGCACGGAGGUCCACAAGGCAAUGGGGUGCCACCGUUCAUGACUCAGCCUCCUCCAUGGGUCAAAGAAAGUAAAGACAAACAAGCAGAUGACCCAAGCGGUACAGAGCCAAUGAAUGAAGAUAUGCCACCUGGAGAGUCCAACUCAAUCGCUCAAACAGCUAACGGUAACAUGGUGUCUGGUUUCCCACCCGCCCAAGGCUUUCCGGGCGGUUCGUACCCAGGUAUGACCGGCGCGGGACCCGGAGGUGCGCCAGGUUGGGGCGCUGGCGGUGGGGGUGGCCCCGCCGCUUGGGGACACUGGCCCCCGCCGCUCGUGGCCCAGCCGCCACCCACCAUCGCGAGCAACAUACCUGACUCGACUACCCAAAUCCCAGGGUUGGGUGCAGCUCGAGACUCCGUGCCCCGCGACAACUCGAUGGAGCCCACGCUGAUCACCGACUCGCCCUCGUCCAGCCAGCCACCAGAGAAGAAGGAAACUACGAUCCCGCCAGAGCUAAUGGCUCUUGCAUCAGAGUGGACAACACACCGGGCCCCAGACGGCCGCCCCUACUACUACCACGCUGGUAAACAGGAGAGCGUGUGGGAGAAACCGAAGGCUUUGAAGGAGCUAGAAGAACUUCAAGCUAUUAUAAUGAAGGAGAAAGGAGAGAGAUUCAAAAGGGAGUAUGAUGGAAAAGUGGUGGAUCUGGAGUCAGAUGCUGAAGCGACUGCUGAAGGAGGGUCGGGCGCGGCGCCGGAGGCCGAGCGCGCUGCCGUCACCGCGGUGCCCAUUGAGGUCGACGAGCUGCGCCAGGAGACCGAGCAGCAGGACAAGGUCGAUAAGGACAAGGAGAAGGACAAGGCGAAACAGGACAGGAGUCGACCGAUAUCCAGCACGCCUAUCAUGGGAACUCCUUGGUGCGUGGUGUGGACGGGCGACGGGUCGGUGUUCUUCUACAACUCGGCGGCGCACUCGUCGGUGUGGGAGCGGCCCCCCAUCCUCAUGGGCCGCGCCGACGUCGACAAGGCCGUCACGCAGCCCCCUGCCGCGCUGCUCGAGCUGCAGCGUAAAGAUAAGGACGCCGCUGCGUCCUCGAUCUCGUCGACCACCGGCAAGACGUCGAGCGGCGAACUGAAGCGCGUGGCCGACUCCAGCAGCGACGACUCCAGCGCUGACUCCUCCAAGAAGGCCAAGACUGACGACAACGAUGAGAAGCCCACGGUGGUGUCGUCGUCGCUGACGGGCGGCGCCAGCAUCCUGGUGGGCGCGGAGGCGGCGGUGGAGGCGGAGACGCGCGCGGCGCGGGAGCGCGGCACGCUGCCGCACCACCAGCGCCUGCGCGCCUUCCUGCACAUGCUGCACGAGAAGGCCGUGUCCGCCUUCUCCACCUGGGAGAAGGAGCUGCACAAGAUCGUCUUCGACCCUAGGUACCUCAUGCUCAACUCCAAGGAGCGCCGCCAGGUGUUUGACCAGUACGUUCGCGACCGGGCUGAGGAGGAGAGGAAGGAAAACAAGAAUAGAUUAGCGCAGAAGAAAUCUGCCUUUAAGACACUCAUGGAAGAAGCUAAACUGCACUCCAAGUCAUCAUUCAGUGAAUUCACGUCAAAACACGGGCGCGAUGAGCGCUACAAAGGUAUUGAGAAGGCCAGAGACAGGGAGACAUACUUCAACGAGCACCUCGCCGAGCUGCGCAAGAAGGAGAAGGAGGAGAAAGAGAAGGCCAGAGAACAGGUCAAAAACGACUUCAUAGCGCUGCUUAAAGACAAGGGUGUGGACAGACACUUACGUUGGGUUGAAGCUAAGAAGAAGGUGGAUUCUGAUCCGAGAUACAAAGCUGUUGAGGGCAGUACUCUGAGAGAAGAUUACUUCAAAGAGUACUGUAAGAUUGUUAAAGAAGAGAGGAAGAAAGAUAAAGACACUAAAGAAAAGAAACGCGAACGCAACAGCACCAAGAAGGAGAAACGCGACAAGGACCGAGGUGACAAGGACAAAGAGCCCAAAGAAAAGGACGACAGCAAGAAGAGCAAAAAGAAAGAGAAGGGAGACAAAUCUGACCAAUCCACCGCAGAAGAAGAAAGAAAACAACCCACUCCACCCCCUGAACAAUGGGCGGAUAUACUCGGCAUACCUGGCGAGAAAGCCGAAAACUCUAAGACACCAGCCAAAAAGUCUGGCCGAAGAGCCACCGAUAGCACAUCCAAAGUCGAAAAAUCCAAACUCGAAAAAACCAAAUCAAACUCCACUGAAGACGAAGCCCCAUCUCCAAAGCAGCUUAGAUCAUCGAAGAAAGAGUUACAAACACCGGAAAAGAGUGAAAAGACAUCUCCUAUCAAACCACCACCAAAGAAGCGGCGACCAGAGGAAUUCGAUUCGCCUGAACAGGACGAUUUACCGCUGUCUAUGGUCCCUAAGAAGUUGGAGAAGAAGAAAUCGGAGAAGGUCAGACGGAGGAUGAAAUCUGAAAAGGAUUAG